CCAGGAUCGACCGGAUCCUAGCAAUAUAUAAAAUCCGUCCAACCACAGUGUUGAAAGCUAUCAGGCGAUAUCUGUUAACUAACCUGCUUUUACGAAUGUCGCAGCCUUGAGAAAAGGAGAAGCACUCAGAGCUCUUGUUACAACAUAGCGAACAUAGCUGGUGAUCAGAAAGUGGUCAAAAUGCUCAAACUGUCGUCUGCAUCCUUUAGAAAAUUAUGUUGGUAUACUGCAAAUCUACAACAUGCAAGCAGAAAUGUGGAUUUUUUCAGUGGGAGAAGCUACAUGACAGAUGUACUCAGGACUUCCUCUGCUACAUUAGAAAGGCAUAUUCAGUAUGAAAAUUCCGGUGCAAACUGCUCGUUAACAAAAAGAGACCUAAAACAAGACAAAAGAUAUAUGGCAACUGAUGCAUCAACUAAGGAAGUUGAAGAUAAGAGUAAAAAUGAUACAGUAAGCAAUGAUAUAAAAUCUCUUGUUGAUGAAUUGUUGGAAGAAGCUAUUGAGAGGGACAGAAUGGUUGCUACGGUGCCUAAAACCUUGGUAACUAAACAUAUAAUUACGCUUAUGAAUGGUGGAUUCCAAAAAUCGGAUGUUUUAAACCUUUGUAAAUACCCGGAACUGAUUAAGAACUUGGCACCGCUGACUGAUUUAAUUAUCUUUCUGCUGGAUUAUGGCAUUCCGAAAGAAGACAUUACCAAUAUUGUGAACACAUACCCAGAUAUUGUUCAUCAAACAAAAGCUAACACAUUGUUUCAAAUGGAAACUCUUCAUGAGUUAGGUUUUACAUCUGACUCCAUUGUUACAGUGAUUUGUAAUUACCCUGCUAUCCUUAAUAGUGAUUUGAAAGGUGCUCCUCAACGCAUUGAAGACCUCAAAGUGCUUUUCAAGACGAAAGAUACGUUCAGAAUUCUUGAGAAGUCUCCAAACCUUCUGUUCUGUGAUAUGGGAUAUAUUCUUGAGAGAUUUAAUUAUGUUUUUCUUGAAAUGGGAAUAACCCAGCCACAGAUGAGGUACUCCAAGCUGUUCUCACAUCCCAUGCACCAUAUCCAUGCACGGCACAUGUUUCUUGAACGUGCUGGAUUCUUUAAGAGAUUAAAGAAAAGGAAAGGUCAGGUGAACUUGAACCCAAAAUUAGAAACAAUCCUUGACACUACUGAUGAAGAGUUUGUGAAAAAGUUUGGUAAUAUGACUGUUCAAGACUAUCAGACAUUUAAGAAGUUGCUUUUAAAGGAUCGUGUUGUAAUGAAAGAUGUUGAAGACUACCCACAGGACUGAACUAUGUUAUUAUCCCCUGCCGAUGAAAUCGGGAGCGGGGUAUUGAAAUGGCGUCCAUGCGUCCGUCCGCAGCCAUUUCUCAGUAACUAGCAGGUAGAAUUUCAUAAAACUUGAAAUAAACAUGAACCAACAUACUGCGAUGAUGCCAGUCAAGUUUUUUUUUUGGAUUGGUCAAUUUCCCUUAGAGUUAUUGCUCUUGAUUAAAUGAAAAUUCCAUGUCCAGAGCUAUAUCUAGGAAGUUACGAGUUGGGAAUAUUUAAAUAAAACUUCAUAAACAUGUUCACAACUAUGAGGUUAUGCGGCCCGUCAAAUUUCAGUCAGAUUGCCCAAGUAACACCAGAGUUAGGUACUAUAAAUAUGGCAGUUUCUGCUUCAUAACUUGUGAUAUAUUUGACCUAGAACUACGAAACUUAAAUUGAAUUUAGAUCACCAUAAUGUGGUUGAGCACAUACAAUUUCGUCUGGAUCUCUGUACUAACUUUAGUGUUAUUGCCCUUUUAUUGUUUAGAAAUCCACAAAUUUGUACAUAACAAACUAACCAGUUGGUAGAAUUUCAUUAAACUUCUUUCAUUCUUUUCCAUGAACAUUUAUUAUAAACAUUGUGUACCCACACCUGGUCACCAUCUUGCCUUGGUCACACCCCCCCCCCCCCCCCC